AUGGCCGACAAUGAUGGUAUCACACAGCGUCAGCCUUCCAACGCUGAUGCAAUGUCCAACGUUGGCCGUCGCAAGAGCACUGUGGUCAACAAGGGCUUGACUGGCGCUUCAGCCUUGACCGUCAGACAAUCUAUCUACCCCAUUACUCUCGUCACCCUCCUCUUCUUCCUUUGGGGUUUCGCGUACGGGUUGCUCGACGUGCUCAAUGCCAAGUUCCAGACGUCUCUCAAUAUCACUGCCGCUAAGGCUGGUGGUCUGCAAGGCAGUUACUUCGGUGCUUACUUCAUCGGCCCUCUCACAUACUCCGGCUGGUUUGUCAGGAAGUUCGGAUACCGCUGGACUUUCAUCCUGGGCCUGUGCAUCUAUGGCGUUGGAGCACUGAUGUUCUGGCCUUCUGCGGUCUACGCCUCUUUUCCUGGAUUCUGCGGCAGUCUAUUCAUCGUCGGCUCCGGUCUUUCAACCCUGGAGACCUCCGCCAACCCCUUCAUCGCAACCUGCGGUCCACCCAGACUGUCCGAAUUCCGCCUGGAGCUUUCGCAGUCUUUCCAGGCUGUCGGCUCUGUGAUUGCGCCUCUGCUUGCCUCCCGAGUCUUCUUUAAGGAGACCCACAGCACCGAUCUCUCCCACGUCCAGUGGACCUAUGUUGGUAUUGCGGCCUUCGUCUUCCUUCUCGCGGUCGUCUUCUUCUUCAGCCCUCUUCCCGAAGUCACCGAUGCGGACAUGGCCCUCCAAGCCGAGCAAUGCUCCGAUCUUACUGGUUACGAAGAGAAGCCACUUCGGAAGCAGUACAAGCUCAUUUUCGGAGUCGUAGCACAAUUCUGCUACGUCGGCGCUCAAGUUGCUGUGGCUUCUCAGUUCAUCCGCUACAGCGAGGAGUCAGCAGGUCUCACUGAAGCUCAGGCAUCCGACCGUUAUGCCAUUGGUCAGGCAUUGUUCGCCAUUGGAAGAUUCGCCGCCGCUGGAAUGUUCAUGUUCAUCAAGCCCCGCCUCGUCCUCUUGGUUUUCAUGACCGCCAUCAUGGUCUUCAUCGGUGCUGCCAUCGGCGCGCAAGGCGAGGCUGGUGUCGCAAUGCUCUCACUCGUACUCUUCUUCGAAUCUUGCAUUUUCCCCACCAUCUUCACCCUUGCCAUCCGUGGCCUUGGCCGACACACCAAGCGUGGCUCAUCCUGGAUCGUUGCCAGCGUUUGCGGUGGUGCCUUGUUCCCUGCUCUCACCGGUCUUGCCGCCGACAACAUGCAAAGCUACCACAAGGCAAUGUGUGUACCUCUGGCUGGCUUCUUCGUUAGCUUCCUCUACCCCAUCUACUUGAACACCCUCUGCGCCCGCGAAUUGGAUGGUUUCCGCGAGACCAAGAUCGGGUACGUCGAUGAGCGACGAGGCACAAUCAUCGGGGAUAUCAACGAUAUCCAGACCUUCGAGGAAAUGCAAAAGAGAACCUCGGUCAAUGUCGAGAAGGUGUAA